GUCUUCAAUGUCAAUGUUUUUCUUGCUUGCUACAUAAUUUUGUUUGUUGCUAUUUGCCAUUGUUGCUUAUUUUUUGAAUGAAACUUAUAGAUAAGCAACGGUUAAAGUAUGUAUUCAUUAUUAAAAGUGGUUUUUCUGCUUGUAACGAUGACCGUUGCUCAUAAUUCUGAAGAUUUCUGCAACAUUGAUAACAAAUCCUGUGGGCCGGAUAUUUCAAAUGAUAAAUACGUAUUUUACGAUGUGAAUCCUCCUGAAGGGUUUAAUUUAAGACGCGAUGUUUACAUGAGAUUCGCUAUAAUGUUAGCAGAAGCUCAUAAAGUCGGUAAAAAUGAUAAUUGGAGAUUAGUUCUGCCGCCUUGGAAGAAUUUGUAUCAUUGGAAAACGAAGUCGUCAAGAAGCCCUGCAGUACCAUGGGGACACUUCUUUAAUAUUAAUUCUCUCAAAUCCUUCGCUCCAGUUGUCGAAUUACACGAAGUAUUUGAUAAAACGGAAGGAAAAUCAUUGAAAAUCGAUCGUGUUUACGUUUUACAGAAUUUCGCGGAUGCAUUUGAAAACGGUGAUUUUACUGAUAAAUGGGAAAUAAGUAGAGGUUGUUCAUAUGGGGGAUUUUGGGGCUAUAACAAUGUUACAUCUAACGUGAUCGAAUGUGUGAAUUUUCAAGGGAAAAUUUCAAAAUUAUGGGAGUUAAUCGCAUUACAUCCAUCCGACAGAUAUGUUAUGUUCGCACACGCCGAGAUACCCCUACACGACACCUAUGGAACUAAAACGUUCUGGGAUUGUAGACGAAGCAUGAAAUUUAACGAAAACCUUGUAACAAGAGCUGAAGAUUUCAUAUCAAAGUACUUAAACUGUGAUACAAAGAUAUGCAAUAAUUAUGCAAGCGUUCACUGGAGACGGCAGGAUUUUGCGCGAUAUCGCAAGAAUGAUGUCCCGUCUAUCAAAGGAACAGCGAAACAGAUACACAAGCAAAUAAAACAAUUCAAUUCAUACAUAAAUACAGUUUUUAUAGCUACAGAUGCAGAUAUGACUUCAUUGCGGCAGUUAGAACUUGAGCUGACUCAAUUGGGAUAUCUUGUAUACUAUUUUAAACCAUCUACAGCUGAUCUAGACAAGUAUAAAGAUGGUGGUAUAGCUAUAAUCGAUCAAAUAAUCUGUUCACAUGCAGCAUACUUCAUCGGAACACAUGAGAGCACUUUCACAUUUAGAAUACAAGAGGAGAGGGAGAUUUUGGGACACGAAAGUAGGACAACUUUUAAUAGACUGUGUCCAGAUAAGGGACGGUGUGAGAAACCUUCUAAAUGGACAAUUGUUCAUUGAAUCAGUCGCUUUUAACUUAAGUUAAUGUAAUGUAUUGUAUUAAAAUACUCAUGUGCCAUAUUAUAUUAAUAAGCCAAAGCUUAAUUAAGUUAAUAAUACAGAUUCAAUGA